AUGAGCAUGACCGGCAGAUGGUUGAUCCGGCUCGCGAUUGACGCGCAGGGAGCCCGAGACGCCGUCAUGCCGAGUCAUGCAGAUUCGCCUGCGAUCAUGUACGCCCUGGUGACCAUGGCGACGGCUCUGAUGAAGUGGUCCACCUGGGAAGGAACCCCGAUAGGGCAGUUGGCACCCAACUUGUGCCUCUUCAUCAACGUGGUGGACAGGCUUGCCGUGAUGGCGUUGGGGGCGUUCUGCAUGCCCGACAUGAACUACCUGAACAGCCCGCAAGAGGUGACACCUCAUGGACUGGCCAUCGAGGCUCAGUCUAUCCAGGAAUUCAACAGGAAGUACGUACAGACGAAGCUGGAUUCUGCUACACCCAGCCCUCACUGGAAGGCGAUGUGGGAGGAAUUGGUGGAGGAGAAGGCCAAAGGCCGAGUGGAAGCCCCUUUACAAGCGCCUGCGGACUGGAAAGUGACACUCCAGGAGGUGCGCCUGGGCAGAAGGAGCUCGCACAACUCCACCAUCGAGGCAGACGACUGCCCUCAUUACAACGAUGUUGAGGGGUACGCGACUGCAAUUCGGCACCUCCAAUCCCUGAGCCAGGGUAAGGCGAUGAUAUGGGGGCAGGACUUGGCAGGCGCUUAUCGCCAACUCCCAGUCAAGCCCGGAGAUGACACAUACACCAUUCUGAUGGUGCCUGAGGGCCCUUCCUUGUGGCGUCACCGGGCGGCGCCAUUCGGAGCAGUGGCGUCGGUCUGGGCCUUCUGCCGUUUUGGUGACAGCCUCACGGCCUUAGCUCGUCGGCUCCUGCUGACUCUCACCGGACACUUUGUAGAUGACUGGACAGGCACUGAGUUGGCAGCGACUUGCCGAAGCUCAUGUGACUCCUUCCGUGACUUCUUCCUGUGUUUGGGGCUGGCCAUGAAACCAGAGAAGGAGCAGCCACCAGCUCUCAAGCAGAAGGUCUUGGGGGUCAUUAUGAGUGUCCAGCAGGAGGCACUGACAGUCGAGAUUUGCCCCAAGCGGCGGGAUCGGCUGGUUACGACCCUGAACAAGAUCCUUGAAUCCAACCACCUGACCCCAGAUGAAGCACAACUACAGGUGGCCGGCAAAUUGGGAUUUAUGUCAACGACACUGUUUGGUGGUACGGGGAUGGCGGCAAUCCAACCCUUCCACUCCAGAGCACACUGCUUGGGUGAACAGAAGAACAACAAGCUGACCUUCGUCCUGAGGGCAGCGAUCAACACCCUGCUCCAACUCUUGUCAGGCUGUCGCCCCAGAACCUUUCCAUGGACAACAUGCGCCACUGCGACCGAGGCAGUGAUCUAG